CAACCAUAAAAUUUGCAAAUUUUCAUCGUAAUAAUUCCACCAAUUCAACAUAUUUUCAAAAACAUUUUACAAUUCCAACCUCAAGGAUAAUAAAAACCGGACAAAUCGUAUCUCGAUUAGGAUUUGGUGGUUAUAGAAUUAAUUGGAAUGAUGAUAGACACAAAAUGGCUCUUGAAAAGGCUAUAAGAAGUGGGAUCAAUAUAAUUGAUACGAGUGCUCAUUUUGAAUUAGGUGAAUCUGAAGAAGUUAUCGGUAAGAUUUUAAAUGACGCUUUUAAAGAUGGAUCUGUUACUCGUGAGGAGGUGGUAGUGGUCUCCAAAGCAGGAUAUGUAAAUACUAAACAUACCAACCAUUUGGGCGGUUCAUUUGCAAAAAUUAAUGAUAAAUCUGCGCACUCUAUUUCUGACGAAUUUUUAAAUGAACAAAUUUCCGGAUCAUUGUCUCGUUUAAAUCUUAAAAAAAUUGAUGUAUUUAUGCUCAAUAAUCCUGAAAGAAUUUUACAAGCAAAGAAUAAGAGCGUAUCGAUUAGUAAUUUGUAUCAUGAUAUCGAAAGAGCAUUUGAUUAUUUGGACAAAGAAGUAGCAAAAGGAAGAAUCGGCGGAUAUGGAAUUUGUUCAAAUUCAAUGGCAAUUUCAACAGCAAGUGAUCAUAUUUCUUUACCAACUAUUUAUGAAAAGCUUUCGAAUUCAAGUAAAACAAAUUUUGUAGCAAUUCAAGUACCUUUUAAUUUAUUUGAAAGAGAUUUGAUUCAAAGAGGACUUGGACAAAAGUGUUCUCUUGCCGAAUACGCAGAGUCGAAUGACAUAUUCAUAUUCACCAAUCGUCCACUUCAUAGCAUUUCCGGGGGAGCCAUUCGUUCACUUGUUAAUAACAAAUGCGAUUUAUCCGAACGUCAAAUCAUUGACAAUCUAACAAAUGGAUUUCAAAAGAUAGAUCAAUUAGAGAGUGAAUUAAAUGGAUUACUUCAGUUAGGGCAUCCGUUGUUAACAAAGUUCGUAUGGUCUCAAGUAUUAUCACAAAAUUUGUCAAGAUUAUCGCAAAAUCAAUUUGCUACAAAACAUUAUCUGGAAAAGCAAAUUAAACCUGCCAUUACAGAAGACUUGGAAUGUUUGUUGGAUUAUAUUAAAAACAACGCUUUAAAUGGAGAAAAAAGUAGAUUACAAAAUUGGAUGAUGGCUUAUCAGAUGGAAACACAAACUCUUAUAGAAUCAAUAAUUUUAUAUGCUCAAAUUAACUUGCUCAAUAACAAUGAUGAACUUGAUUCCAUGAUAUCGUAUCUCUGUCCUUCGUUAUUUUCGGAAACUGCACAACUUCAUUCUCCGUUAUCUGUAAAAGUGCUUCGAAUUAAUUUAGCAAAUCAAAUAGUUGGUUGCGUUUUAGUUGGUAUGAGAAAGAUUGAAUAUGUUCAGGAUUCUAUAUUUGCUUUAGAAUCAAGCGAUGAUGAUUAUUUAACCAUUGAAGCACUAGAUGAUAUUUAUGCUAACUUGGAUGCUUGCAUCUCUCAGCUUCUUCAAAAACAACUUUUGGCAGAAUCUCUUCUUAAAGAAAUUUGUGAAAAAACCAAAGAGUUAUUAAUGAACGAAAGCAACUGCGUUUCUAUUUCGGCUCCCGUCACCGUAGAAAGCGACUAUGUGGAUAGGGGACUUUUUAGCGUGGAAACGAUAUCUCUGUUGACUUGCCUGAAAUUACGCUAUCCUCAUAGAGUUCAACUGGUUCGAGGAAAUCAUGAAUCCAGAGCCGUAACUCAGACCUACGGAUUUUAUACUGAAUGCGUAAGAAAAUAUGGUUCGACAAACGUUUGGCAUUACUUUACUGAUAUGUUUGAUUAUCUUACGUUAUCGGUGGUAAUUGACGAUAGAAUUUUCUGCGUACACGGAGGGUUAUCUCCUUCAAUACAUAGCAUCGAUCAAAUAAAAAUCCUGGAUAGAUACAGAGAGAUUCCACACGAAGGCCCAAUGGCAGACUUGGUUUGGUCCGAUCCUGAUCCGGACAAAGAAGAAUUUUCCAUUUCACCAAGAGGUGCUGGUUACACCUUUGGAGGAUUGGUUGUCAAAAAGUUUCUCGAGAUAAAUCAGAUGGAACAUAUUCUUCGCGCGCAUCAGCUUUGCAUGGAAGGAUAUCAGGUUCUCUACGAUGAUCGUUUAUCAACUGUAUGGUCUGCGCCAAAUUAUUGUUAUCGUUGUGGAAACAUGGCUUCAAUAUUGGAGGUUGAUGUAGAUGGGCAAAGAUUUUUUAAUGUAUUUGACGCAGCACCUGAAAAUGAGAGGGAUGGUCCUUCACAACAAAUGUCUAUAGAGAAAAAGAAAAACGAAUUAUUGUCAUUUUUAUCACUACAAUUAUGGAAGAAGAAGACCUUGCCACGAUUUUUUGGAGAAAUGUGGAAUGGAUUCAAGGGACCUGAGGGACUUAAUGACGAUAAUGUUCUGGAUUAUUUUGCCGAAUCACCAUUUUGGGAUGCUCAAUGUAAUAAUGCAACCUUAAAAAUGCAAACGCAAUAUAAUGACCUUAAAGAAUUCAACAAAUUUUUGAAGUAA